AUGCGGGGGCGGCUGAGCAGCCAUGGAGUCCCUCUGUUCCCCCUCAGCAGUUAUCGUAUCAACAAAUUGUCAUUCAAACCUCCCAAAACCCAGCGUCAGGCCCCGACUCCCAACCUCCGGUUCCCCAUCUCACCCACCCACUACAACCCUUUCAGUAUCCCUUCAUUUUCCUUCACUUCUACUUGUUGCACUUGUUUCUCCAUUAAAGCAUCAUUUGCUGCUUCUCCUUUUGAUUCAUGGUUUGAUACGAAGUUAAAGAUUCCUGAAGAAAAUAUGAAGUUGGUUAUAAACAAACUGACAGUAAUAGCAUUAUCAGGUGCACAUCUACAGACCGUCAUCACUAUUUAUUUUGCUUUUCUUUUCAAGAAUCCAGUUUCGGAUAGCUUUAUUUCAACAUUUGUUAGAAACUUUUUUGUGACUGGCCUAUCGUUUUAUGCAUUCGAGAAAACCCUACGUGCUGCAUUUGAAGGCUAUGGAGAGCUUGUUGAAGUAGCAGAAGUUCUUGAGGCACACCCCCACCUUCACCACCAACCUCACAAAAAUGAUGGUUCCAUCAAACUUUUCGUAUUCGGGGACUCGUAUGCUGAUACCGGGAAUGUCAGAAAAUCUGUAUCUCCUUCGUGGAAGGAACCUUAUGGGAUCACAUUUCCUGGAAAGCCUGCCGGCCGCUUUUCCGAUGGUCGUGUGCUCACUGAUUAUUUGGCUCAAUUUUUGGGUAUAAGAUCUCCAUUACCUUACGCAUUGAGAAAAUAUGCGAAGAAAUCGAAACUGGAGAACGGGAUGAACUUUGCAUAUGGAGGGACGGGAGUUUUCGAUACGUUGGUGAGUGGACCAAACUUGACCACCCAAAUCGGCUUUUUCCAACGGCUGCUUGAACAAGAAAAAGUGUAUGACAAACGCGACUUAAUUAAAUCCUCCGUAGCUCUAGUGUCAGUUGCGGGGAACGACUACACAACUCAUUUCGUUAAACCAGGCAAUGGCAGUAAGGAUUUGGCAGAGUUCACCAAAUCGAUUGUUAAGCAGAUUGCUGUGGAUUUGAUGCGUAUACGUGAUUUGGGAGUGCGAAAAAUAGCAGUGACAGCACUAGAGCCCAUGGGAUGUCUGCCGCUCUUAACUUCCUUCCUUUCCUAUCAGAACUGCAGCGAAACGCUCAACUUGGCGUCGAUGUUCCACAACCAAGUUUUGCGCCAAAACGUGGAACAGUUGAAUAAGGAGUCGAAGAAAUCUGCAUUUAUAAUCCUGGAUCUCUAUGGCGCAUUUUUGUCUGCAAUUAAGCCCCAGAAAGACCAUCAAGCAGGGAAAAUGAUGGUCCAGAUUGAUGAUCCACUGAAACCGUGCUGUGUCGGGGUGGGCAGCGAAUACUCAUGUGGGAGUGUGGACGAGAGUACCGGAGCAAAGAAGUACGGCAUAUGCAGUAAUCCUGAGAGGUCCUUCUUUUGGGACACGGUGCACCUCUCUCAGAAUGGUUGGAAUGAUGUUUAUUCCUCUUUGAAAUCUUCUCUUCAUCAAUUGUAUUCGUGAUUUGUUCAUGCCUAAGUACGUAGUUGUCAACUUUGUUUGGCCCUACUGGCUUUGGAUUGCAUGGAAAUUGCCCAAUAUUUUCUUGGGAUUGCAUGAAGCUAGCUAAGGCCCUAAUAAACAAAUAAAACUAUGUAGCUAAGGCCCUAAUAAACAAA